GGCGCUGCCUCUCAAAAAAGCGAUAUGGAACCUUCUUGACAAAGCGACAAACCAAAAACGACUCCCCUCAUCACUUCGAGCAUGCGUCAUCGAAGCCCUCCUCUUCUUCUGCGAACGCGACCUCUUCUCCAUUCGUUUCGCUGCCGUGGAACGAGCAAAGUCCCUUCUUCGCAAAAACAUGUCAUUUUACUACCAAGCCUCAGUAACCCUCUUCGACAGCAUAAUUUCACGCAUCGACGGCAACUUCCAGAGAUCAGAAGCUCUAAUCGUUGACUUUUUGGCAGCUGAUCAUGAAGGAAACACACGAUCUGAUAACGCAUUACGAGGAAGAUUGCACAUCUCGAAUAUUGAGAACAAGAUACAUCGGUAUGAUAAAGAAGUUGCAUCGACUAUAUACAACUGGGAAGGAAUACAUCCGCUUUCGACGUUUGAGAUUGAAGUUACGAGGAGACUUCAAGGCGUGGCGGCCAAGUUCUUUCAUUCAAUUGGAGACUUUAAGACGACGAGGGCGUCUUUAGAACAGCACCUCUGGCUAAAUUCAACGAUGCCCAUUCGCCCAAACACUCGGUUGCUCAUUGUCACGAGACUAGCUGAGAUUCACUGCGAGUUGCAUGAGUACGAGAAAGCACUUGAGAUCAUCCAAGUCGAGCUCGAUGGCAUGACUGCGCGAAAAGGUCGUCCGUUCCGAAGAUUAUCCAUGGCCAGGGCAGAAGGCUACAUCGGCCUCGGUCGCUUGGACGACGCAACUACUGUUCUUCAAGAGCUCAUCAGCGUCGAACCGCCUGAACUCGAUGACCUCAACGACCAAGUCCUCCGCGUCCGCCGUCUAUUCCUCUCAGCGCGCAUCCACCACGAGGGCAACAACUUCCCUGAAGCUUUGCAGCACUGGCAACUCACAGGCCAAAUGAUAGAGAGCUUGGGGAUAUUCAAGUCAAGGCAUGGCUGGACACUUGCCAUUGUUCAUUUAUCCAUGGCGCAUGCUCACAUUGCUCUGGGGAAUGAGGAACUUGCGAGGCAGGCGUGGAAUGCUGGUGUGGAGAUUGCGAUGAGGGAGAGGUUUGAGUAUGUGUUUCCGGUGCUGGCGACGACAUGGUUGCAUAAGAUUGUGGGGGAAAUCCAUGAGGUUAAGGGAUGGCCACUGAGGGUGAUGUUGCCGGGAGGGAAAUCGGAUUUGACUUGGCUGUAGGAAGACGUUCAA